CGAAGUUAGCGUCAAUGUAUUCUUCAACACAACUGCAUUUUAGUUUGUGUUUACGGGUAUAAGAUUUCUAACAUAUUAAAAGAGUGUUGAACUUGCUUAAUAAUAAUUAUUACACGAUUCAUAGUAAAGUAGAUGUGACUUAAACAAAUACGAACCUCUAAUAUUAUAAUUCAUGUCCUUAACAGUGAAGUGCGUGUUUUACAGGGUCGGUGGAAUAAUGAAGAGUUGUGUAUUUAUCGCCUUGUAGCGAUGUGUGAAUUGAUUAAGUCGAAUUGAUGGUGUUUUUACAUAAUUCAUGGUGUUUCCGAUAUUGCUAGUGUCGUUAGUAAAACAAAAUUCGAAACAUAGGGUCCACAAACGAGCAGACGGAUUCUAUCAUGGUCGUAAAACGUGCUGCGGACAGUGCGGAUUCACCAAUACUGGAGGAAGCCGGUGAGAGCGGCUCUGAACAAAAGCCGAAACCUCUCGUUAAAUAUGGCGAACUAGUUAUUCUCGGGUACAAUGGCUUUCUGCCAGCUGGGGAACGUGGACGUCGCCGGAGCAAGUUUGUGCUGUACCGGCGUCCCCAGGCGAACGGCGUACGUCGCUCGAAGCACUACGUAGUAAAGACACCCCACAGCAGCAAGGCGAUACUCGAUGCCAGCCAGCAUUCUAUUUCGUACACGCUUAGCAGAAGUCAAGCUGUCAUCGUUGAAUACACAGAAGACCCUGACACGGAUAUGUUCCAAAUUGGUAGAUCGUCGGAGUCACCAAUCGACUUCGUAGUCAUGGACACGGUAGCAGGGGAUAAAAGCGGAGACACAAAGGUCCUUCAAAGCACGAUAUCACGGUUCGCUUGCAGGAUCAUUGCUGAUCGCAACGACGUGAACAACUGUCGCAUUUACGCCGCUGGCUUUGACUCCUCUAGGAAUAUAUUUUUAGGCGAGAAAGCAACAAAAUGGACCGAGAAUCACGAAAUUGACGGUCUAACAACAAAUGGUGUUCUCAUAAUGCAUCCUAGAGGUGACUUUUGCGGCGGAAGCGCGACUUGCGGACCCUGGCGUGAAACUUCAGUUGGAGGCGCCGUGUUUUCAUUACGAGAGAGCCGAUCGGCACAACAGAAGGGACUGCCAUGUCAAGCGGAGACUAACGUGCUAAGUGAUGGAACAAUGAUUGACUUAUGCGGGGCGACACUCCUUUGGAGAAGCGCUGAAGGACUGAAGAAUUCACCGACGAAGCGUGACUUAGAAGCUUUAGUGGACGAAUUAAAUGCAGGACGGCCACAGUGUCCGGUAGGACUCAAUACUCUCGUAAUCCCACGGAAGCUGUCUUCCGCACAUCAAGAUCUAAACCAGCCCUACGUUUAUCUUAACUGUGGUCACGUGCAAGGGGAGCACUCGUGGGGCGCGGAGGGUAGCGAGACGGGCGUCCGGCGCUGUCCCAUGUGCCUGACGGCCGGCCCGGUGGUCCGCGUGUGCAUGGGCAUCGAACCCGCGUUCUACGUCGACUCCGGCCCGCCCACCUACGCGUUCAACCCGUGCGGACACAUGGCUUCCGAACGCACUGUCAAAUACUGGGCGACGGUGGACAUUCCGCACGGCACGAACGGCUUCCACGCCAUCUGCCCGUUCUGCGCGGCGCCGCUGCAGGGCUCGCCCGGCUACGUGCGCCUCAUAUUCCAGGACAACCUCGACUGAAUCCGUCGCGACCGCGCACUGGAUCACAGAUAAGCCGGAGCGUGGGGAAGCAGGAAACAUCUACAACGUGAUAUAAUUAACACAUAACGUCGACACGUAGGCCUGUAUAAUGACAUAUUUUGUGUUAGUACGCUUUAUUUAGCCUUCCUAUAAAAUUAAUUCGAUUUGAAAAAUGCUCUUGCUUUGUUAUAAAAACAAGCAUAAUGUGCCGUAAAUAUCAAAUGAAUAAUUUAUUUUUGCAGAAAUACAUAGCGUUGAUUCAAAAUGUUAAAUAAGUUUUGAUAAAUGAUUGCUAAGGGCGAGUUGCUUGUACACGUUACAUUGUAAACCACGUUUAUUUUAACAUAAAUUUAAUCGUAACGAAAAUUUUAAAUAGAGGGUUUAAUGCAAUAGCUUUACACAUAAGAUAUUUUAUCGUUGAAAUGGUUAUAAAUUAAUGUCAGUUAAUGGGAAUGGUCCAAAAAUUAUUUUCUUCCUGGUCUUUCUAAUUUUAUCUGGGAUUUUUUUUAUUCAUAUUGCAGAUUUUGUCAG